GUUUAUUGCUUCCACUUUUCCGUUAAAUAGCCAAAUGGAUGAACAAAUUCCCAUCAUACCACCUGGAGAAAUACCCAUACCCGAUCAACCUCCGACCAUUCACAAGAGUGAUUGGGCUCCAUUAAUCGUAGCUACAACCUUGCUUUUUAUUGUAGUUGUCUUUACUUUAUCAAGAUUCGGUAACAUUAAAUCUCAAUCGUGGUAUGUCACUACUGUUUGCACAAUUGGCUGGUUCUUUCCUUUCUGGAUUGUCUUUCUUUUACCGCUUGACUUGGCAUCUACUGUACACGACGACAAAAAAGGCAGAGUACCGUUUGCGUAUGUCUCGCAGUCAUUUUUAUUUGUCGCCUGGAGAGUUAUCUACUGGACUUCGUUUUGUUUAACAUGGAUGAUGAUUCCAAUGAUGCAAGCAUAUGUAAAUACUGGUGACUUCACUAUUGCAAAACGGUUAAAAUCGGCAGUCAACGUCAAUCUUCGAUUUUACUCGAUAUACGUUGUGGUUGGGACAUUUGGGCUGAUAUAUUUGAUUUUUGGAAGUGGAUUAACAACCAGAGAAGGGAUCCAAAGUUACGUUAUGGCGGCAGCAAAUAGUUGGGGUCUAUUUUUAGUGAUUGUGUUUAUGGGGUAUGGAUUGGUUUCUGUCCCUCGUAGCCUAUGGUAUUCUGGAAAUUAUGACCAGCAUUUACAUCAGCAUUAUGCGAAUGCUGCAAAACUGAAGGAAGAAUGUUUAGAUAGCGAAAUUGAAUUCAAUGAAUUAGCCAAGACGAUGAAUUAUGUGUCGAAGAGAACUAUGAUGGAAGUACCAGAGAUUCGAUAUUGUAUUAACACAAUGAUUAGAAGGUUUCCAUUUGUACUUCAUGAGGCUUUCUCUGAAAGAGAUGAUUCAAUUACAAUACCGAGAGAUCUUACUGAAGAUUACUUAGUCAAAAUUUCAAGAAGAAUGGUUUUGGCUAUACGUAUGAGAGAUAGAAAAAAUGCGUUAUGGAACAACUUGUUGAAUGAAGCAUUUUAUCUUCAAGAUGUUAUCAGCAAUAAAGACAAAAGGGACCAUCAGUUUGUCUCCACAUUAAGACAUAAAAAGGAAAAAACUAAAUGGUCUAACUUCACGUCGACUGUAGAAUGGUGGUGGAUGCUACGCAUAUCUCCAAAUUUGUACAAAUUUUUUGCUAUUGUUUUCUCCAUAAUCAGCACGUGCAUUAUUUGGUCAGAAUUAGUAUUUAAUGUUCGAAAGCCCACCAUAAUGUCAAUUGCAUACUAUGCCUUGAACGCUUGUGGAACAAAUUAUGCCGCCUUGGAAAUUAUGGCUUUUUUUACUCUUCUUUACAUGUGUUUCUGUGUUUAUUCGUCACUUUUUAAAAUUAGGUUUUUUAACCUGUACUUGCUUAUACCAAAUCACCAUACAGAUGAAAAUAGCUUAUUGUGGUUUACCGGCUACAUGUGUAAGAUGAUGGCUCCAUUGUGUUACAAUUACAUUAAUUUGGCAGUCGAUGCGCCAGGCGUUAGCAAAGCUGUUUUUACAACUGUGCUUUUGCAGAUUGGUUCCCGAUUAUCAUUUUAAUACCUUCACUCUCGUUAUUAUUCAAUGUACAAGGUCGUUGUUUAGGUUUUUGUGGAAUCAAAAGUCCAUACGAAAAUAAUGAAAAUGAAGACAGUCACAACCAUGAUACCGAGAGCGGUGG